AUGGCACAAACGCCCACCCCCCAGAUCCGAUCCAUAUACCGGCGUCUCCUCCGCGAACUCCCCUCCACACCCCAGACAACGCGCACGCAGCACCAAAAGCUCUCUUCGCCGUCAAAACUCCAGCAACGUAUACGUCAAACACUCUCUCGACCGAGCCCAACUGGAAACGCCCAAAGCCAAAUUGCGCAGGCGGAACAGUUUAUCCAAUACGUACAGGCGCAACGCACACAUUCAACGUUGCUCGAGCGAUAUAAUCCGGGUAUGGGCAUGACGGAAGAGGAGAGGGUCAGGCUGAGCGCGAGGAGGGUGGGCAUUAACUUGCCGGUUGAGUAUCAGGAGGAGAAGUGA